CGUGCCGGCUGGCGACCGAGCGGCGGGUACGGCGUCCUGCGCACUCACUUCCGCGUCCCGCCGCCCUUCGGCCCGCGCGCGCUCUGCCGCCGCCGCUCUCGGACAAUAGGCCACCCGCUCCGGCCCCCGUGAACUUCCUGCCGCCGCCAGACCGGCCCGUGCGCGGAGGACCGCGCUCCCUCUCGGCGCCGGCCAGGAUCACAGCCGCGCGGCUGCGACGGUAAGCGGAGGGGACCGAGCGCGCCCGGGACGUGCCUGCGCCUCCGGCCGCCGCGCCUUUGCUCCGGCCGGGCGGUGCGGAGGCUUCUGCACUCUCUGGCCCAGGCGACUUCACCCCGGCCCGGUCCUGCGGCAGCCGCCUUGUGGGCUUCUGCGUUUGGUUGGUUAAGGAGGAUGUGAUUUUUUUUUUCCUCCUUUCAUGAUUUGAAAAAGAGAAAAGAACGCACUGUAAGCUGGGACAGGGAAGCGCCACCAUCUGCCCCCACGUGGACACUUCCGAGGGGAAAAGAAGUUGGAAGAGAACUUAAUCCAUCAGGCUCUGAGGCCUCAGCGUGGGCUGGACUGUAAGGCCUGGGGUCAUGACUCUCUCUCUGGGCAGGUGGAAGGUUUUACCUGUUCUGGGCUGGACUUGAGUCCCGGUUCUUGGCCAGCACAUCCCCACCACCUCCUCCACACACACACACACGCACACACACGCACGCACGCACUCACUCACUCACUAGGGGCACCGGGCCUAGGCCUCCACACCAGUCUGCAACAUGGAUAAGUACGACGACCUGGGCCUGGAGGCCAGUAAAUUCAUCGAGGACCUGAACAUGUAUGAGGCAUCCAAGGAUGGACUCUUCCGAGUGGACAAGGGUGCGGGCAACAACCCGGAGUUUGAGGAAACACGCAGGGUGUUUGCCACCAAGAUGGCCAAAAUCCACCUUCAGCAGCAGCAACAGCUCCUCCAAGACGAGACCCUGCCCAGGGCCAGCCGAGGUCCUGUCAAUGGUGGGGGGCGUCCGGGCCCCCAGCCCCACCGGGACACUGGUGUGGGCAACAAGCUGACCACAGACGGCGCUGCCAAGCCCCCUCUGGCUGCCUCAGCAGGAGCUCCUGCCGCGGCCGCCACCAUCGCCGCUGGGCAGCCCUUGUGCCCACCCCAGGAGCAGAGGGCGAGGCCGUAUGUCCGCAGCGCGAGGCCUGGUAGCCAGGACUGUGGUUCCAAGGAGGGCCCGGUGAGCUCUGAGAUGUCUGCUUUCCACGGGGUGAGUCCCUGCGAGGAUCCUUCUUGCCUCACCCACGGGGACUAUUACGACAACCUCUCCUUGGCAAGCCCGAAGUGGGGUGAAGACCCAGGAGCGCCUUCCAGCAUCAGGCUGGGUGUAGGGGGUGGGUGGCCUGGCGCCCCAGGAAGUGAUCCGGCACCACCCAAACCCUCCAGGGAUCCUCACUUAUACCAGCCACAGCUCUCCCCAGGCUCCAGCAGGUCGUUUGAGAGCGGCCAGGACAGUGGCGUUGAUGGCUGCGGCAGUGAGAAGCCAGCAGCUCUUUGGACCACUGCCUCCUCCCAGUGGGUGAGGCCUGGCCUGCCCUCCCCAGGCCCGGAGAACGGAGCCCUGCUGGGCCCGGCUCAGCCCAGGACCCCUUUCUCAGCGUCGCUGGCCCUGAGCUGCCCCGGUCCGGGAGCUCUUCCCAGAACAAACUCUGGGGUGGGGAGAGAGGUUUCAGGCAUGACGCCCAGCCCGAGCGUGCACUCUCAGCCCUGGUUCCAGGAGGGGCCCAAGUCUUACCUUUCUAGCUCUGGGCCGUCGUCCUUGCCAGCCAGCAUGGACGGUUCGCAGCUGGGUGCAGCGGCCCCCGGCCUGGGUCCCAAGCCUGGCUGCACAGACCCUGGCACCGGUCCCAGACUCAGCCCCACCAGCCGCAUCCAUCCAGCGCUGUCCACCCCACCGGAGCUACCUUGUAAAGAAGGUGCCCCUGGCUGGUCUUCGGAGGGCGGCCUGGGGCCUGUGCUCGCAGAGAGCCCCGGCCCCCACAGGGUGAAGCUGCCCUGCCAGACCCUCAGCCCGGGCCCCGAGCCUGGGCCCUCCGCCGCCGAGCUGAAGUUGGAAGCUCUCACGCAGCGCCUGGAGCGGGAGAUGGACGCUCACCCGAAGGCCGACUACUUCGGUACCUGCGUGAAGUGCAGCAAAGGGGUGUUUGGGGCCGGCCAGGCCUGCCAGGCCAUGGGGAACCUCUACCACGACGCCUGCUUCACCUGCGCGGCCUGCAGCAGGAAGCUGAGAGGAAAAGCCUUUUAUUUCGUCAACGGCAAGGUGUUUUGUGAGGAAGACUUCCUGUACUCCGGGUUCCAGCAGUCCGCCGACAGGUGCUUCCUUUGCGGCCAUCUGAUCAUGGACAUGAUCCUGCAGGCCCUGGGGAAGUCCUACCACCCUGGCUGCUUCCGCUGUGUCAUCUGUAACGAGUGCUUGGACGGGGUGCCCUUCACCGUGGACUCCGAGAACAAGAUCUAUUGUGUCCGGGAUUACCACAAGGUGCUGGCCCCCAAGUGUGCAGCCUGCGGGCUUCCCAUCCUCCCCCCUGAGGGCUCGGACGAGACCAUCCGCGUCGUGUCCAUGGACCGAGACUACCAUGUGGAGUGCUACCACUGCGAGGACUGUGGCCUGGAGCUCAACGACGAGGACGGCCACCGCUGCUACCCGCUGGAGGACCACCUGUUCUGCCAGUCCUGCCACGUCAAGAGGCUGGAGAAAGGCCCCUCGUCCGCGGCCCCGCACCCGCACCGCUUCUAGCCGGAGCCUCGUGCAGAGACCUCAGCGCGGGACGGGAGGCCAGGGCUGCGUGGUGGCUGAUCCGCCCGUUGAUUCCGAUGGUCCCCUGGGUGGCGUUGGUGGGGGUAGGGGUGGGAGGGCCUGGCCGGCGAGCGCCUGCGUGCACGCGUGUGGGGUCCUUUCCUGUCGCCAGCGAGGCCCACCCUCCCUGUCUGGUGUGUGAGUGUUUUCCAAGGGCCUCUCCUCGCUGGCACGUGCUCACGCUCGUCAGAGUGUUCAGGAAGACGCUCCAGCAGGCGGGUGGCAUGUGACGGGAUCACAGCAGUGCAACCGAAUGAGCCUGCCCGUCUCCUCUGGGAACAGCUGACCCCGGGGGCGGGGGGCAGGGUCGCCCGGGCAUAUUUCCUAACAUCCCCGGAGGAGAGAUUUCAGCUGCGGAUCCAUCCGGCCCUUCCCCCCCCUUCAGGAAAACCCACGCACCCGCCCUCCCCAGGCGCACGCGGGUGUGCACACACACAGACACACACACACACACACGUGACUUAAGCUUCCUUCCACCACGGAGUGUCAGCUGUUCUGCAGAUGCCGCCUGGUUUAUGGCGAGCGGGAAGCCCUGACACGUGCCGAGUCUCUUGGAAGGAAUUUCCUCGGUAAACCAGAGCCAGGUGUUGAAGUUUGCGAGACAGGGUGGCCUAAGACACACUCUGUGGGUCCCCGCAGGUCUUCCCUCCCCCAUAGGCCGCGGCGGGGGGCUUUGGGUCGAAGAACUUGGCGCGGGCGCCAGGCCUCUCUGCCCACCUGUUUGCGCGUGUCCCCUCUGCCGCUCCCCAGAGUCCGUGACUUUGGAGUUGCUCCCCCAGAGGCGAGUCUCAGGACCCCACGUGCGGGCAACCCCCCGGGCUUUGGGGGAAGUCCUGCCGCAUCCCGAGAGCCAGCCCCGCACAGAGGAGGGGUGUUUGUGCGCGAGACCUCUAGAGCAGCGGGGGGGCGCACCUGAGCAUAAGUUAUUACAGUCAUUUCCCAAGUGUCUCUUGCCCAAUCCUUGGCACAGCGUGUGUUUGAAGAAACCAGUAUAAGGUACAGUGCUUUUGUCUGUCCUUUCCUUCUUUCUUCUUUAUUGUUUCCCUCCACUGUCAGCCUUCCACACCCAAAAAGAUACCUCACAGACACGAGCGUCACCAGAUCGCAGGUAGGGGCAGAGUUCGCCCAUCAUGGUGGGCUCAGCUGGCUUCUGCGGCAUGGCCAGAAGGUCUGGCUGCGCAUGGCCUGCCUCCGGCGGGUCAGAGCACUGGGACCCUAGCCAAAGGGCCAUGGGGACUAGAGCAGGUUGACAUUGGGUGCUGUGCACUGCGUCUGGCUGGCUCCCCAGGGUGACAAGGGCCCCGAGGGCCACACACAGGCAAGAUGUCAAGGCCACCUCUGCACGGAGGAGGCAGAACUGGCCCUGCAUGGCAGUCCUGAGGCCAGACGGGGCUCAGGGUCCCUCAGUGUUUCAAUAAGAAGGUGCAUGCAUAAAUAUUUUAAAGAGCUUGGCUGCCAUUUGCCCCUCAGCCUUGUCACAGGAGCCCUGGGGCCCUCUCACCACUGCCAGCCAGGCUGGGGCCCCGCAGCUGGCAUCUGCUCUCUGCCUCCUCACCUGGUACCCCAUGCAAGGGCACUGGGGGACUCAAGCCGCAGAGGGUGGUGAGUGGAGCCCUCCUGGGACCCCCAGACUUCCCACAGGGCCCCGCUUCCCGUCUGGGCCGCGUUGUGACCCACUCCGACACAGUUGCCUGUAAGAAGCGCAGCACAGGCUGGUUUGACGUUUUUAUUAGAUUCAUCCCGCUGGAUCCUUUGGCCACACGUCACUUCUGUCCAGGCUGCGCACUUUCAUCGCUUCCUUUUCACGGGCUGAGCCUCCCGAGGAGCUGUGAGUGCACAGGGCUGGGGCAGCGACCCCUGGGGUCAUAUUAUACCCCUCUCUUCCCACCUAGUCAUCUGGCCCAGCCUGGGCAGGGCCAUGGGCAGGAAGCCGGCCGACGCGUCUCCACCUGCCUCUGCCGGCCCGGGGAAUGUUCCCGGCCUUGCAGGCUCGUCUUUGCUCCACUUUCAAGCCCCACGGGGUGAAGGAAGUUGCCUUGCAGCCGCUGUCAGGGGCAGGAGGCAUGUGUUUGCAAAUUGGGUAACUAGUUAAGUGUGUGAUGAAUUUUUUAAAUGAGAAAUUUCAAAAUAGCCUUGAUUGGGGUGAUUCCGGUCUGGCUGCAAGUAUGGCAUUUUGAGCCAUUGAAGAGCAGUGAGAGAAUGACGGGGCGGAAUCCGAAGAGCAGCUUCUCUCGAGAUUGGUGUCCCCGGACGGGGUCCGGGGCAGGACUCUCGUUUUGGUUCUCCCCUGCUCAGGCCCUUGCAUGGAAGCCUUGCAGAGGUGUUCCCCUACCUGGUUAUCGGAAACAUUCUGUGAGUUACUAGCCAAAUAGAACUGCACCGGGGUCGUACCUCUAGGCACCCAGAAAGAAAACAGGCCCCUGGUAGACCCAGAUGAAUGAAUGAGUUCGUUGUAAAAGAGCGAACAGCCCUUCCUGGGUUCCCUGGACAACGGGUGCACUUCACAGCUAGACGAGGAGAGGAGGAUUAUGGGAGGAUUAUGGGAUAUAUGAGGAGGAUUAUGGCCCGAUAAGGCAGGCCCCAAAGCCAGCCUCCAGCCUUCUCCCUCGCCUCAUUUUUGCCGUUUAGUUUUUUCUCGUCACCUGCCACCAGCUCUGACCCCUACCCAGGCAGGGCCAUUCAGACGCUGCCUGGGUGGUCUGAGGAAGGCCCGUGACCCCGUUUGGCCGGCUGUAUCGGGAUUCUGUGUCUCUGUCUGUCUGAUGUUUCCCCACCUGAGUCAGUCACCGAGUGAGGAGUGAUCUGUUCAUUUCUCACCUGGGAGGGGAGGGCUCAACGCAGUCCUGUCCCCGGCAUUGCCUGUCGCUGGCGAGGGACUUCCACUGCUCCGUGGGGAGUGCCGGGGUGAAGACCUCUUUCCGCUGAGUCCUGAGCUGACGCCGUUGCGCCCUGGGUGGCUGGAGGGGUCAUCACAGGAUUCUGAUCACCUUCAAGGGCUUCCACUGCCUUGUUCCCGUGGGCUUGAGUCCCGCUUGCGGGAGGGAAACAGGAGUGUGAGGGCCUGGAAGAAUUCUCUGCCACUCACAGUCCGUUGCAGGCUGUCUUCGUGUGCCUUUCCCGUGUGUGUGGAAGUGUGAGCGCCGUGAGGGCCGCCGGCACUCUCGCAGCGCGUGUGGGGGACGUGACCCCAAGCCGCUGUUGCUUGGUGCACCUGUUAGUGAAACCCUGUCUGCCAGGAAACCAAAUUCUCCCUACUCUCCUUGGUGCCACAAGCAGCCCUGAUUUCCCAGUUACCACGUGAACUAACCUUUAAAAGCAAUAGAAGAAAAUGAAUAAAAUCUAUUAGCUAUCUUACCGUUCUGAGCCAGAACCGGACCGGUGUGGGAGAUUUCCAGCGUGUAUGACAAUUUCAGCUGUGGGGCAAAAUUAUUUUUCUGUCUCUCCUUUUACUGCAGAAUGAUUCAAAAACUCACUGUUAUUUUAAAAUUUGUACAAAAUAUUGUUACUAAAAAUUAUUUGAGGUGUUACUGUAAAAUGAUUCAAAAGACCAUGGCAAUAAAACUGCAUCAACUUGUAGACUAUUAAAGUGCUCUCCCAACAGGA